AUGAAAUUGAAACACUACGCAACACUGACCUGCAAUGAUCAGGUAGACGAUGAGCAGAUACGGGAGUAUUCCCAUGUCCCAUUCAGCGGCGGCGGCGGCGGUUGCGGUGGCGCGCGCGACCCGUCCUCGUCGUCGACGUCCGGUCUCCUAUCAACAACAGGACGCGUUGUGGCCAACAACGAUCAUUGGCUCAUUUUGACGUCCGUCGUCCUGUCUUCGCUGACGGCCGUAUACCAGCUGCUGGUCGCCGAGUCUGUCGCCUGUGUUGUGGCGCCGAUGAGUAUCCGUGGGACGGUGGCCGACCGUCGCGUCCAUUUCAACGGUGGUGGCGGUGGACCGGAACAGUGCCGUUCGUGGUCGGUGUGGCACGUGCCGGAAAAAAACAGAGACGCCAAAACCUCGCAGCGGCCCUGCAGAGAGCGGUGGCAGCGAGCGUCCGCAACCCUUCAACGGAUGGGAGCCAGUUCCUGA